CUCUAAAUAGGUUUUUAUUUGGAUGAGAUGAAAGUGACGGUUUGCUUUGGCAAGACGGUUGUGGUUCCCUGUAAGGAUGGACAGAUCCCGGUUAGAGACUUAACACAGCAGGCUCUCAGAUACCUGAGAACCAAAGAAAAGGAUCCUUCGUAUUGGGUGAAUAUUCACCAUCUGGAAUACACAGAUGGAGGAAUCCUGGACCCAGAUGACAUCCUGGCAGAUGUUGUGGAAGACAAAGAUAAGUUGAUUGCUGUGUACGACGAGCAAGAGCCGGUCUGCAAGUCUGAGGACGCCAGUGCUAGUCUGACAAAUGGAAACAGCCCCGAUGCCUUCGAGACGGAUGUAGCUGCCCAGCUGGCUGCAUUUCAGCCAAUCAGAGGAGAGAUUGAAGUGACACCCUCCGCUUUGAGACUAGGGACACCGCUUUUGGUGAGAAGGAGCAGUGAUCCUGCCCUAGGCCCACCUCUCGAAUUCGGAGCAGGAGCUUUGAAUGCCAAUGACCAUGUUCUGAAGACAUCGGUGACAGGUUUGACGCACUCGUCUUCGGAAGAUUGGGAUCUUGCUGCACACAGCGAAGUGCUGGCACCUCAGAAAACUAAAUUCAUUUUCAAUGGCGUGACAAGAGCGGUAGAGAUUUCUGGGGAAGGCGGGCCACUGGGGAUCCACGUGGUACCAUAUAUUUCGUCGUUAAGUGGAAGGAUUCUAGGGCUUUUUAUCCGUGGCAUUGAGGAGAACAGCCGAACUAAGAGGGAUGGACUUUUACUUGAAAAUGAGUGUAUUGUGAAAAUUAACGACACAGAACUUGCGGAUAAAACCUUUGCACAAGCGCAAGAUAUCUUUCGGCUAGCCAUGAAAUACCAGACUAUCCUCUUGGAAGUGGUUCCUCCACACAGCCGUGAACAAUAUGAAAAGUCCGCCAUCGUACCUUUAUACCCGGCAGAGCAUGUCUCGAGGGCGAAGGUUCCACCUCCCAUCUAUGCAAAGCCAAUGACAAGGGAAGUGGACUUGUCUGGAACAAGCCACCUGGAGUCUGGGAUGCAUCCUGCCAAGAGCCCCAGCUUUUCAAGAGUUAGCAGGAAGCCAUCGUCACCCACCUUAUCGCCCCUGAUGGGUUUCGGCAGCAAGAAGAAUGCAAAAAGGAUAAGGAUAGAUCUCAGGAAAGGCCCCGAAGGACUUGGUUUCACUGUGGUUACCAGAGACUCUUCAGUUCACGGUCCCGGUCCUAUAUUUGUGAAAAGCAUUUUACCCCGUGGCGCAGCAGUUAAAGAUGGCCGCUUGCAGUCGGGAGACAGAAUACUGGAGGUGAAUGGUAGAGACAUCAGUGGCAGAACCCAGGAGGAGCUUGUCAGUAUGCUGAGGAGCACAAAGCAAGGAGAGAUCGUUUCCCUCACCAUUGCUCGCCAAGAGGAAAGUUUUCUGCCCAGAGAACUGAAAGGAGAACCCUACUGCAGCGUUCUUUCGCUUGACACCACAGAGCAAUUGACCUUUGAGAUCCCUCUCAAUGACUCGGGUUCGGCCGGACUUGGUGUGAGCUUAAAGGGCAACAAAUCUCGAGAGACUGGGGCUGACCUUGGGAUUUUCAUCAAAUCCAUCAUCCACGGAGGUGCUGCUUACAAGGAUGGACGGCUGCGAAUAAAUGACCAGCUGAUUGCAGUGAAUGGGGAAUCCCUGCUUGGAAAAUCCAACCAUGAAGCUAUGGAGACCUUGAGGCGUUCCAUGUCCAUGGAAGGAAACAUUCGUGGAAUGAUCCAGCUAGUGGUUCUCAGAAGGCUGGAUAGGCAAACAGAAGCGGAGCAUGCUGUAGCAUUUCCAAAACUGGAGCUUGAGGGAAAUGUUAAUUCUACAACCAUUCCGAGACGGAGUGAUGCUGCUAUUCAGUGUUUGGUAUCCUGCUGCCCUCAGGAGAGGUUGAAAGAGCUUUAUACAUCUGAGAGCGGCAUUGCUGAAAACGAAAUCCCACCCCCUUUGCCUCCACAUCCUUCUGAUGAGCUGCUUGCAGAUUAUAAUCAAAGCUCAGUAGCAGAUUCAGCAACAUACUUACGAGAUCAGCACAUCAACUUCAGAUCUUUGACACUGGCCAAGCAGACAGAAUCAAUUAAUCUGAAAGUCUCCAAAAGCAUGGAUCUUGUGCCAGAUGAAAGCAAUGUUUGCUUGUUGACUGAACAUAAACUAGCAUCUUCUGGAAAGGACGUUGGUCCCACCCUGGGUUUAAAGAAGUCAAGCUCCCUAGAGAGUCUUCAGACUGCUGUUGCUGAAGUGAAAAAGAACGAGCUUCCUUUCUAUAGGCCCAGGCCUCACAUGGUCCGUGGCAGAGGGUGCAACGAGAGUUUUCGAGCUGCUAUUGACAAAUCUUACGAUGGACCUGAAGAUAUGGCAGAAGAUGGUCCGUCUGAUAAAAGCUCUCUCUCAGAUCAGGAAGCUCAUAACUUUGAACCAGCCCUUCACGUGAAGGUUGAGUUAGAGGAUGUGGAAGACAAGGCGAAGAAACACAAGAAGGCAAAAGAAAAAAUGAAAGAUAAGAAUAAAAAAGCAAAUCUGAAGCUCAAAUCUAAAACGAAAGAAAAGGACAAGAAGGAAGAAAAUGAAGAUCCAGAAAGAAAAACAAAGAAGAAAGGUUUGGGUGCCAUGUUGAGGUUUGGCAAGAAAAAAGAGGAGAAAGGUGCCAAAGGUGAUCAGAAGGGAAACUCCAAGCUCAGAGAAGAGGACCUGGAAAAGAUGAAGGAGGAGCGGGAAAGGAUUGGUGCGAAACAUCAGGAGCUGCGGCAGAAGCAGGCCAGGGGGCUUGCCGAGUAUUCCCCUGGCCCCGUGGGCCCUCCGCCUGAUAUUGACGACGACGAGACAGACCCCAAUUACGCACAAGUCAAUCACUUCCGAGAAAUGUAUCCAUCUCCCAGUUCUUACAGGCCGUCUUCUCCACCUGUGUCGGAAAACUUUGGGUGUGACAGCCCUCCGGUGCCAGUGGACAGGGACCACCUUGAAGGACUGUAUGCCAGGAUAAACAAGCCGCUUCAUCAGCAUGCUCCUGUGGAGAGUGACCAUCCAGCUGUUGGAACUGCAGACCGCAUCCAGAAGUUACGGAAGGAGUACCAUCAAGCAAGACGAGAAGGCUUACCUUUCUACGACGAAGAGGAGGGCAGAGGAAGGCCAUCUGACUAUGAUCAGCACUGGGUGCCUGGAAAAACUCCAGAUGGGACUUCGCACCAUCUCCAGUUUGAGGGAAGAGAGAGACAAUACGCCUCCUUGCCCAGGCAUGGACCCAUAGAACCCAUGGAGUAUGUAGCAGGGCAACGGGUGAUGUAUAAAGACAGAGAUCUUCCUUACUAUCAAGCCGGCCACCCGCCAGUACAUCCCUCCAAAGGGAGCUAUGCUCACCCACAAGAUGGCCCAAGGGCAACAGAUUUAUGGUAUCUUCAGUGUGGUCUCCCACAACAACCAGUAGGCCAGCACAAAGGACCCCUCCGCCAAGAUGUGCCGCCCUCCCCGCCUCAAGGCCACAGGGGGCUGCCUUAUCAUGAAAUGGGCAGACUCGCUCAUCGCCGAGCUGGUCCGGAUCAGUACCAAUACAGGCAUCAAGAUCCUAGGCAGAAGGACCCCAUGACUGCGGCUGUAUAGCCUAAAGCCGGACUCCUGUCGAUAUCUCUCCUUGCAGCCGUUACCACUGAUCCUGCCUACCCCAGGGGAGAGAUGUCGUUUGAGCCUGUCCAGUUUGCACCCAGGACACGUUCGUGAACAUAACUGCGAGCUCGCAAAAAGCGGUACAGUGACUUUUGGGUACCACCAGUGUAUCGGAGUGUGUGUUUUAACGCUUCCUCAAACGUAGAAGGUGGCGGCAGGUGAAGAGUAAGCAGAAUUUCUUCUAAGCACACCUUAAAAGUGCCACUCAGGGCUGUUUGCAACUAAUUACACAAGCGCAUGCUAGAUGCCCACAUUGCAGGGAACUAUUUUGGACAUUGUUUCAGAAAGAGUAUUCUAUGGGUGCCACUGUGUGUGCCCCCCAGUAUGGCAGACCCUUCUUCUCUUAUGACCUCUGAUUGGAGAAUUGUUUUAAGAGUGGAGAUGGGCUCACGGUGUGACCUGACAUUUCUCUCUGUUAUCAUAGGGAAAUGCUGUUUUGCUCUCAUCCUGGUAAUAUUUUUUUAAUUGCCC